CUCCUCAAACCUCGCCUUCUCACUUCAAUUCCUUACAAAACUAAAAGCCCUUGAUUCUUGUCUUCCUCAGAAACAUACUUUCACUAUAUCGUAUUGAAUUCGAGCUUAAUCAGCUGGUCGGACACACAAAAGCAAGAAAGAUGCGGAUGCUGUUGAGACCAGGAACUAUCUUCCGCAACGAUACAAAGCCUCACCGUGUCGUCUCCUCCUCCCUUUGUAAAAAGAAUCUAUCAUCUUUCUCUGACAACAACAGACAAGUCAUUAAUUCGAUUUGCAAAGUUCUGGAGAGCGGUCCAUGGGGACCUUCAUCCGAAACCGCUCUCUCCUCUCUCAACGUGUCUCCCCAACCAGAGCUGAUCAUCAGCGUCUUACGUAGGCUAAAAGACGUCAACAUCGCGAUCGAUUACUUCAAAUGGUUCGAGAGAAGAACCGAGCUCCCUCACUGUCCUGAGUCUUACAACUCGCUGCUCUCUCUAAUGUCACGCUGCGGAAAGUUCGAACCUUUGGAACAGAUCCUCGGAGAAAUGAGCGUUGCAGGGUUUGGUCCCUCUGUCACCACUUGCAUCGAGAUGGUCACGAGCUGCGUCAAGGCCAACAAGCUUAAACAAGGCUUUGACGUGUUGCAGAUGAUGAGGAAGUUCAAGUUCCGUCCCGCGUUCUCAGCUUACACAACACUGAUCGGUGCUCUCUCGUCGUCGUCGUCGUCUAACGACUCCGACAAGAUGCUGACUCUCUUCCAGCAGAUGCAGGAGCUAGGAUACGAGCCGACGGUUCAUCUCUUCACUACUUUGAUCCGCGGCUUCGCUAGAGAAGGAAGAGUCGAUUCCGCUUUGUCUUUACUCGACGAGAUGAAGAGCAGCUCUCUCGACGCCGACAUUGUCCUUUACAACGUGUGUAUAGACUGCUUCGGUAAAGCGGGGAAGGUCGACAUGGCGUGGAAGUUUUUCCACGAGAUGGAAGCCAACGGUUUGCACCCCGACGAAGUCACUUACACCAGCAUGAUUGGAGUUUUGUGUAAAGCCAAUAGAUUGGAAGAAGCUGUGGAGAUCUUUGAGGGUUUGGAGAAGAGCAGACGCGUACCUUGCAGUUACGCUUACAACACGAUGAUCAUGGGUUACGGCUCGGCUGGAAAGUUUGAGGAAGCUUACAGUUUGCUAGAGAGACAAAGAUCCAAAGGCUCUAUACCGAGUGUGAUAGCUUACAACUGCAUCCUCACAUCCCUGAGAAGAAUGGGGAGAGUUGACGAAGCGUUGAGAGUCUUUGAAGAGAUGAAGAAAGACGCUCCCCCGAAUCUCUCGACCUAUAACAUUCUCAUUGAUAUGUUGUGUAGAGCUGGUAAGCUUGAUUCCGCCUUUUCGAUGCGUGAUUCCAUGGAGAAAGCUGGUUUGUUUCCUAAUGUAAGGACCGUGAACAUAAUGGUUGAUCGGUUAUGCAAAGCAAACAAGCUUGAUGAAGCUUGUGGUGUAUUCGAGGAGAUGGAUUGUAAACUUUGCACGCCGGAUGAGAUCACGUUCUGCUCGCUUAUAGAUGGGUUAGGGAAGGUUGGGAGAGUCGACGACGCGUAUAGAAUCUACGAGAAGAUGCUGGACGCUGAGUGUAGGCCCAACUCUGUUGUCUACACGUCUCUUAUAAAGAGCUUCUUUAACCAUGGGAGGAAAGAAGAUGGACACAAGAUAUAUAAAGAGAUGAUGAGUCAGCGAUGCUCUCCUGAUCUGCAGUUUCUUAAUACUUACAUGGACUGUAUGUUUAAAGCUGGUGAGGCUGAUAAGGGAAGAGCGAUGUUCGAGGAGAUAAAAGCUCGUGGUUUCGUUCCGGAUGCGAGAAGCUACUCGAUCUUAAUCCAUGGGCUGAUCAAAGCAGGGUUUGCUAACGAGACUCACGAGCUGUUUUAUUUAAUGAAGGAGCGAGGAUGCGUUCUGGACACGCGUGCUUACAACAUUGUCAUUGACGGUUUCUGCAAGUGUGGGAAAGUUAACAAAGCGUAUCAGCUCCUGGAGGAGAUGAAAGUGAAAGGUUUUGAACCGACUGUUGUUACUUAUGGUUCGGUUAUCGAUGGACUUGCGAAGAUAGAUAGGUUAGACGAAGCUUAUAUGCUCUUUGAGGAAGCGAAGUCGAAGGGGAUAGAGCUGAACGUUGUGAUCUACAGUAGUUUGAUUGAUGGGUUUGGGAAAGUGGGGAGGAUCGAUGAAGCUUACCUCAUCUUGGAGGAGCUGAUGCAGAGAGGGCUGACGCCUAAUGUCUACACGUGGAACUCGCUGCUCGACGCGUUGGUGAAGGCUGAGGAGAUCAACGAAGCAUUGGCUUGUUUCCAGUCUUUAAAAGAGAUGAAAUGCGCGCCGAACCAAGUUACUUACGGUAUCUUGAUCAACGGUCUAUGCAAGGUGAGGAAGUUUAAUAAGGCCUUUGUGUUUUGGCAAGAGAUGCAGAAGCAAGGGAUGAAGCCAAACGCUGUUUCGUACACUACUAUGAUCUCGGGGCUAGCGAGGGCUGGGAAUAUAGCGGAGGCUGGUUCGCUUUUUGAUCGGUUUAAGGGGAAUGGUGGUGUUCCGGACUCUGCUUGUUAUAACGCUAUGAUUGAAGGUCUGAGUAGUGGGAACAGGGCGGUGGAUGCUUAUGCGCUUUUUGAGGAGACGCGGAGGAGAGGGUUGAGUAUUCAUAGCAAGACCUGCGUUGUGCUUUUGGAUGCUUUGCAUAAGAGUGAUUGUCUUGAGCAAGCGGCUGUUGUUGGUGCUGUUUUGAGGGAAACGGGGAAGGCCAAGCACGCUGCACGGUGUUGGUAGGGAGUGGUUUGCUUGGACAACAAGAAAAACGUUCUGGAUUGUGUUUGAUACCACCAGUCAAGUGGUGGUUCUGAACGUUUUUGAUUUACAAGGAUCACUGGAGGAGCGAGCUCCUUGUGCAGUUGAGAAGCUGAAAGUUGAAGAAGAAUGUUUACUAGAAAUGAAUUUUAUAACCACUGCAAUAUUGAUCUUUUUAUGAUCAUAUCCUGAGCUUGAUAGCCUACUUAUUGCUAGACGAGAAAGAUGCAUUGAAAACUAAAGCAAAGCUGUUUACGUA